ACUGUUCAUGUAAGGCAACCAAACAAUUGGCUGAACAUUCACAUCGGCGUCCAGAAGAUUGAGCACGCAGUUGGCAGUUAUCUUGACCUGGCAUUCUUAGUCCCAAGCGGCUGGAAGGAAGGCGAUGACAGCCCUUGUAAAUUUGUUGCAUUCUUCGAUAGCAUCAAUGAGGCCAUGGCAGCAGGCGAGUUUUUGCAAAGGCGGCUGCCUCUAGAGCACUGCGAGAAGAUCCUAUGGUUCCAUUCCGACAUGUCUGACAAAUUCAAAGCUGAGGCUCUUGAGAAGCUACGCACUAGAGAGAUUUGGGAUCUUUGUGCAACUGACUCAUUUGGGAUGGGUGUUGAUCUGCCAGAUAUUACACUAGUCAUACAAUGGCACACAAGGUGCGACUUGGUUACACUCUGGCAGUGCCUUGGUCGAGAGGCCCAUAAUGGCCACCUUGCUUCCAUAGGCCUCAUUUUUGUUGAGGAUAAGUAUUUUGAGUCAGAGGAAAAGGAUGAGACAAGAGCAAAGAGGCAGGCAGCAAAUGCAUGGAAGUGGCAGUGA